CCACACGUCUUGUUUGAAUCCACCUUUCCGUCUGUUUUUGUGUCUACUGUUUGGAUCGUGGAUUUCUCGUUAUUGGGGCAUCUGUCUCCUCAUAGCCUCAUGUUUCCGAGCAGACCACCUGUAAGUUUUGCUAAACAGUAUAUUUGCUUUCCAUUUGUAUCCCUGCUUUACACAUAUUAUUUCAGGGGCCUUCUGGGCCAGGGGGUUCAUGCAAGUUUACUGUAGUAGAAACUUGUGAUAGAAUAAAAGAAGAGUUCACUUGUAUACAACAACAAAACCACUCGCUGCAGCUGGAAAGAGAAAAGCUCCUUAGUGAGCGAUCAGAUAUGCAACGAAUUUGUGUAAUGUAUUAUGAGAUGGCUAAUGGUUUAAACCUAGAAAUGCACAGACAGAUGGAAAUCUCUAAAAGAUUGAGCGCUAUUUUGACGCAAGUAUUACCAUUCUUGUCACAAGAGCACCAAUCUCAAGUUCUGUCAGCCAUUGAAAGAGCUAAACAAGUGACAAUGCAAGAGUUAAACUCAGUCUUAGCAGCACAAAUCGAAGAUGUAAAAUCCUCGAAGUUCUUCAACGGAAACAACACAGGGCUCCCAUUAGAACAGUUCGAGGCGUACAAGCAGCUAUCCGUCAUUGGGGGUGCUAACUCAGGUGUUUCUGGAUUACACGCCAAUAAUCUGACUUCUAACCAUUCUACUGGGGGUGCAUCGUCCAGUACUCCUGGAUCACUUCAGCCAGGGUCUGCUAACUCUCAGACAUCCAAUCUGCUUCCCUCUCUUUCUCCAUCUGGCAACCCAUCAGUUUCGGCCGCACUGUUGAAUGGUUUGAUGUCAGCAGCCGGUGCAGCAUCUGUUGGGUCGGGAGCUCUCAUGCUACAGUCUUCUGGUUCAAGGAUAUCUCCUUUGGGACGUGAAGCCGAAAAGUUAAUGAGUAAUGAAGAUAAACAGCGUGCAGCUGCCGCUGCGGCUGCAGCGGCAGGUAGUUUUUUGUUAUCGAACCGUUCAUCUGGUAAUGGUCCUUGUUUAGUCCCUCCACCGCCAAAUCCAAUCACUGGUUUGCUGGGUGGUUGUGGCGAGUUUCCUGGCUUUCCAGGUGCCUUCCCACUUAGUGCGGGCCUAGGGGGUGGUGAUAUCGGGAGAUCCCCAUCAUCUCUCCCAUCAAUCUCUCAGCAGCCAUGUCGAAGUUCAUCUACAGAUGAUUCUGGGGGACCUGGAGGUCGAUCAAACAACCCAAGUAAUAUGCAACUAGGACCUCAUUUUUCCGGCCUUCCUUCAAGUUUAUCUGCACUGACCAAUCCCCUAUUGCUUCCUCCGCCGAUGACUCCUACACCUGGCGGUAAUCUGGGUCUCAGCAGUUCAACCCCAACGGGUGGUUCGGUUAUGGAUGAAAAAAGACGUAAACUUAACGAACCUAAGGAUGGUGGUCACGAAAAUGGCAAUUGGAAAAUGAAUGACGAUAUGCGCACUAUCCAAGAGAGAGGUUCAAAUGUCGGGGGUACGGGUCGCCGAAGUGGGAGCGGUCGUCAGCCUCUCAACCUUAGUCCACAGCUUAGUUCCGGUCACAACACGACUUAUCCAACUACUUCAAGUGCUCCUGCGGUCGGCACUGCUAACUCGAAUUCUGGGCGUCCGUCUCAGGCAUCUGACGCCCCAGCUUCAACCCGGUGGAAGCAUUCAUCUAAAAAUGUUCAAUCGGGUCCCGGUGCUUAUUCAUUCAUAGUGUUACCUAAUGGUCAAACUCGACCGUGUGCAUUGGCGUCUGCUCCCGGGGCAACUACUGCUCAGGGAUUACCUCGUCGACUUCAACACCUUGCUAGUUUACCUCAUGGUGACGUUGUUUGUGCUGUCACUCUAGGCCCAUGUCCGGUAGGACGUGCUUCUUCGUUUGCUUCAGCUGAUGCCUGUCUUGGGUCUCGUAAUGCUGGGAGUGAUACGGAUAGUGUUACAGUCGGUUCUCCAGGUUCAAAUCACACCACUUCUAUUCCUGCUCAUUUUGCUUAUACUGGUGCUCGAGGCAGCGUCAAAUUAUGGGAUCUUGCAUCAAUUAGUGCUAACUCUGGAAAUGCUUCACUUACUAGUAGGGAUAUUACUCCUCUUGCUACUUUUGACUGUCUGUGCUACGACAGCUAUGUUAGAUCUAUCAAACUUUUCCCGGAUGUUUCUGGUCUUAUAGUUGGGGGUGAAUCUAACGCGCUUACUGUUUGGGAUUUAAAUGGUCCAGGACGACGCAAAGCUGAAUUGACGUUUGAAGCGCCUGCUUGCUAUGCACUUGCACUCUCACUUGAUGGAAAACUGGCCUACAGUUGCUGCUCCGAUGGUCAAGUUGCUGUUUGGGACAUACAUAAUCAAAGUAUCGUUCACCAGUUUCAUGGUCACGUUGAUGGGACAUCCUGUGUUGAAAUUACUGGGGAUGGAAAUAGAUUAUGGACAGGUGGUUUAGAUCAUAAAGUUCGAUGCUGGGAUAUUCGUGGAAAUCCUUCACGAGAUGUUUAUCACAUUGAGUUCAAGUCGCAAGUUUUUUCACUUGGCUUGUCUUCACAUAUGACUCCAACUCGACGCCAAGCUGAAUCAGUUUCUCCGGUUUCUGUUGAUGGAGAGUCUACUUCUAGUGGUGGUGGUGGUGCUGGGGGAGGAGGUACUCGCGAUGCAGUUAGUCCUCAGUCGUUUGUCAGUGGAAGCAAUAAGUCUUUAUCAAACGAAAGUUGGUUAGCGGUUGGUUUGGAGUCAUCUGAAGUUGAAGUUCUAGCUAUAGGACCAGAUGGACCACCUGUUUCAGCAUUCCCUGUCAAUUAUAAUGUACCGCGUGAAGAAUCUGGGAGUGGAAGUGGAAAUCCUUCCCCCGUAUCUCAUUACACUGGUCCUAACCAACCUCAACAUUUUCGUCUUACGCAUCAUGAAAGUUGUGUGCUGGCUUUAAGGUUUGCACAUCAUGCAGACUGGUUCCUUACGACAGGUAAAGAUCAUCAGGUUAAUGCUUGGCGAACUCCGUAUGGUGCCUGUCUGCUGGAAACAAAAGAAGCUGCAUCAGUUCUUACAUGUGACAUAUCUUUGGAUGACAAAUUUGUGGUUACCGGUUCCGGAGAUAAACGUGCGAAUUUGUACGAGGUUAUCUUCACUUCUCAACGAUAAACCGAUAACAUUCCUUGGAUUUUUGUGUGUAGAAUGCAAUAAAUAUCUUGUAAUGAUGAUCUGAGAUCAUUCAUCUCGAUAAUGUCUUUUCUCAUCUGUUUAUGAUUGAUUGAUCUACGUACAUGAUUUGUCGUAUCCCAGCUAUCCGGUAUGAACUGUCAGUUAUUACUUGGUUUGUUUAUGCUUCUGUUCUUAUUUACAACGAUUACAGUUAUUGUCAGUACUAUUGUUAGUGUACUCAUUACUGCAACUGUUCCUUUUUUUCUUUUUGAAUUGUCUCAAUUGUGGAGAUCAUUGUCCACUUUUUAUAAUGUUGUCGGCGAUAAUGUUGAUGAUGGAUGAUCUAUGCGUUAAAUUUCCUAGAAUUGUAAUGCAUUAAAAAUUUUUCUCAUUUCUUCUUUAUACAAAAUACUUUUCGUUUUGUUUUUAUUCUCGUCAUUAAUGUAUUCUCUCAGUUAAUGUUUGCGUUAAUGUUGGCACUAUAUAUAAAAUCAUUAAUCAUACUCGUAGAAAUACUUGAAAAAGAUGAUUUCGAAUGCCAAUCAUCUCAUUCUUCAUCUCCAGUUCAUUUUAAUGAAUCGUUGCGCAUUUACCUCCAAAUAAUGUUAAUUUAACAUGAAUGAAUUUUUUUUUUACUUCCCAUUUGGUUUACCUGAGAGAGAAAAAACAAUACAAUACAAUGGAAUAUUUAUUUCAAAUCCUGUUGAUUGAUAAUAAUAGUACGUAUGUAAUUCAAAUGCAUUUAUACUGUUUGUUUCCCGCUUCUACUACUUACUACUAGUACUACUACUACUACUCAAUACUCAUCAAUUUUUUCUCUCCUAAUAAUUCCAAAAUUCUAUAUCUAUGUAUUUUGUUACAUCAUAAUAACAUCACAAUACUGUAUAUAUUAUAUAUAAAAUCACUCUUAAUCUUUUAUCACAUACUACAUCAUCUUCCCUUGUUUGUUUUUUUUAUUGCAUUAGUGCUCUUUUAACAAGACAACAUGAACAACAGCAACAACACUAACAACAAUACACAUUCUUGUUUCAAUUUGGUCUUAUUCCUUGAUUUUUUCUUUUCUUUUUCGUCUUCUUCUAAACACAAAUUUAAUUGUGUGUGUCUUCUAGUACGUGGUGUCGUAUUUACGAUAUAUAUAUAUAUAUAUAUAUAUAUAUAUAUAUAUGUACUCAUGUAUAUUUCAUUUGUUUGCUUUUUUGUUUCCCCUAAUGCAUUUAUAUAUACAUAAAAUUAAUUCUUUUCUUAUCAUUGUUGUCAACACCAACGACACCAGCGACAAUUAUUAAAAUAGUGGAAAAAUUUUCAUUUUAUUAACUAUUCUUCAUCAUACUUAAUUAUGCAUCAUUUUUCAGUCAAUGAUUUUUUAUUGUUUGCGUGUGUGUGUGUGUUUGUGUUGAUUUUUUCUUCUUUUCUUAUCUCAUGGUAUACUCAUAUUGGUCGAUUUAUAUGUCUACAAACAUUUUAACCAACAACAAGUCAAAUCCGGUCUCACUAUGAUGAAAGACAUAUCUCUCUCUAUCUCUCUCUCUCCUUAUAGUAUAACCACGUCAUUUUGUCCAAAGAAUUAACUUACAUUUGUCUUUAUAGUUCCUAUAAUUUUUUUCUCCUUAUAACCUUGCUAAUUAUCUCCAUAUUCUAUUCUAUCUAUCUAUACGUGAAUGUGAAUGUUACAAUAAUGUGACUGAAAUAGUCGUCAAUUUUUAUUAUGCUCAUAGAUUUCUUAAUGUGUCUAGGUAACAAUGAUAAUCUAUGUAUUCUUACAUUUAUUGAUCUGUAGAGGGUAAUCAGUAAAAUUAUUAUCGCUUCUUUGAGUAUAAGUCUGUUCUUUUUUCCUUAAUGUAUGCGUUGGAUCAGCCCCUAGAACUUUGAUCAUUUUCGUUGGGAGUCUUUUGUUGAUGUGACUAAUUUUCAUGAGUCUUGUUUGUCAUGUUUGCACAUAAAUGAGCCGGUUUAGUCAUAUUAACUAAAGAAAUCUUUUAUUUUGGUUUC